GAUGGCUUAGUGAUACAGUUAUCAACGCUUUCUUAUGGAAACUUUCAUGUGAAUAUCCUGGUGUCCUACCAGCAGAAUCAUAUGUAUGUCAGUUGGUGCAACGAGGAUCUAGUACACGUCGACUGACACAAUAAUAUUUCCUCUCAAUAUGUCUGGGAGCCAUUGGACACUUUUGGUAAUCGACAAACAAAAAGAGAUGGUAUACUACCUUGAUCCUAUGGAAGGUCAUGUAGAAGAAGUUAUCAGUGAGGCAACAAGAGUUGAACUUUCACAGUUUAUCAAAAGCAUUUGUGCCCUUGUUGAUCUAAAAAGUGGGUGGAACACAUCAACUUGGUCUAUUAUUCAGCCUUCACACUAUGUGCAAGAGGAUGGGUUUAACUGUGGAAUAAUUAUUUGCCUGUUUGCUGAAUAUCUGAGUCAAAAUCUUGACAUAAAUGCAAAGUUUGACAUGAGAAAAGUGAGGCAGCACGUGACUUCAACGAUUAUGGGUUCUUGCUAUGAUGACAUUUAUGAGAGAAAUAGUUUGGUAUGCAAGAUUUGCAAGAUAGAUGAUGGUGAAGACUGUUUGGGAUGUGAUUCAUGUGGGCAGUACUUUCAUGCAAGUUGUCGGAAUGUUGACUUUGGACAAACUCUGACAGAGUACUUUGCUUGCCCAUAAUCAGACAUGACAAUCGUAUAAUAAUACAAAACAUAAAUUGUAAGAUUUAAAAGUGCCGAAUAAAAAAGACUUACCGAUUAGAA